AUGUCUCAUUCUCUCACAAAUGACCCUGAUAUCAAUUACGACGAGGAAGAGAACGAGAACGAGAACGAGGACUUGUCCAAUACUCUUCCGGUCAAGGAAUCGGAAGAUGAUCCCCCAAUCAAUCAUACCGAAGUUGUUGGAAAUGUUGGACAUGAUUGGCUGACAUUUCGUCGAAGGUGUGAGCUAUGUAAGCAAAGAAAGGUCAAAUGUGAUCGCGGUCAACCUUCGUGCGGAUGGUGUAGCCGUAAUGGCGCAGUAUGUGAAUAUAAAGAGCGCAAGAAACCUGGAUUGAGAGCUGGCUAUGGUCGAGAACUAGAACAAAGAUUGGACCAACUCGAGGAUAUUCUACGCUCGCAUGCUCAGAUCUUAGAAUCAUCCUUUGGUCAUAACAGCAACAGUGUACCCAACAGUAUUCCGAGCGAUCACGAUACACCACAAAGUAUUCAUAGCUUCAGACCAAAUGAAGGACUCUCUGCUCACCGUGGAGGGCAUAUUGCUAGAGCCGAGACAGCCUUAUUCCUUCAAAAGCCAUCCACAUUUGGACAACCAAAUGCAUCCAUGGACUUCGGCAAUCCAAUGCCUCCGACUCCUUCGAUGCCAUCUAUCCACAGUGAUAUCUUCCAUCAGCAACAACACACACCAGGAUCACAUGGGUCACAUCUAUCCAUAGAAAUGCAACAACAUAAUCACUCAAUACCAACUAGUCAAGCACCGGAAUUUUAUAAUACAAACCAACCACCUUUGCAAUCGCCAAGCUUAAAUAUGACCCAGAAUCCACACGAACUAUCUUCCGACCAUGCGCUACCGCCAUAUGAUCUGCUAUAUGCGCUGGUUGAUCUAUACUUCAAAUAUGUUAAUACUUGGUGUCCAAUAUUACAUCGAAGAUCUACAUUGGACUCUUUAUUCGGUCCAUCUGCUUUGGAUGAAGCAGAUAAAAUAUUGCUACAUGCUAUUGUAGCCACUACUUUGAGGUUUUCCACAGAUCCACGACUUACUGAAGAAAGAAGACGGCAUUAUCACGAUAUAUCCAAGCAGAAAGUGUUGCUGUAUGGGCUGGAAAACUCAUCGGUCAAAGCUCUGCAGGCUCUGGUAAUCCUCGCCUUGGAUUUGGUGGGCAGUAGUAAUGGCCCACCUGGAUGGAACUUAUUAGCCUUGAUCACUCGCUCAGUAGUCCAACUAGGACUUGCCGUAGAGACUACAUCCUUCUCUGUCUCUCCUAAUUAUCCUUCAAUAUAUACACUUCGAGCAAUGGUCUUGCCAGAGCCGGAGAAUUGGAUUGAAGAGGAAUCACGUAGGCGUCUUUUUUGGAUGGUAUAUCUCUUGGACAGAUAUGCCACAAUUGCGACCGCUUUCGAAUUUGCCUUGGAUGAAAAAGAGAUUGACAGAACCCUACCUUGCCGAGAUGAUCUUUGGAGCAAGAACCAGACUGUCGAGACUAGAUGGUUCCGUACGAGUGAACGGACGGAGUACGAUAUCGAAAAACCAGAGAAUCUUGGCGCAUUCUCAUAUUACAUCGAGAUUCUUGGAAUUCUGUCCAGAAUUCACAAAUUUUUGAAGAAGCCAGUAGAUAUUAGUGCCUUGUCCGACGUCGAAGAAUGGCAGGGCGAAUAUCGAGAACUUGACAAUAUGCUCACUUCAUGGAAAUUCAAUCUGCCUGGCGAUUAUGGAAACAUGGCGAAGCUUUUCCAACCAGGAAGCAAUAAAUCCAUCAAUUGUGGCUGGGUCAUGCUACACGCGACAUAUCACACAGCAGUAAUACGACUUCAUUCAUCGGCUGCCUACCCCACGACUAGAUCACCUAUUUUUACAUCUUCGUAUAGUGCAAGUCAACGUUGCCAUGGUGCUGUGGAGAAUGUUGCAGCCUUAGGAGAAUACGUAGUCCAAAAUGGUAUGCUCCCAAAACUAGGCCCGCCAUUUGCAUUCACGCUCUGGGUAGCAGCCAGGUUACUCCUCGUACACGGCUCAACCAUCGAACACAAACUCAGCCCACAAAUUCAAUUCUUUGUCGACACCCUUCGAGAAAUGGGUAGCUACUGGCUAGUAGCAGAACGCUACACGACCAUUCUCCAACGCGUGCUCGACGAACACCGCGAUAGCGAACGUGCCGCCGGUGCCAAUGGCGAACGAGUCACUCCCUCUUCCGUCAAAAUCCUAGCAGAUAUGAGGAGAUGCGCAUAUGAUUUGGAUUUUUUGAUUUCGAGACAACCUAAACAUGUAGGGUUUUCCCGAAUGCCAAGUAUUACACCGGCAAGAACACCGGCUCCUAAUGAGUUGGAGUAUUUGGAUGUGUUUGAUUUUUUCAAUGUCCCGAGAUUACCUGUUGUUCCGGGUGAUCCAUCGAGUAGUUCUGGUCAGGGGAAUGGGGUGAGCGAUAUGCACUUACUUGAGAUGGGAGGAAAUGGGGCGAAUGAAUUUAAUAUCACGAAUUUUAUGGUGGAUGCUAAUUCGGAUUGGUUUAUCAACAAUUUGAAGCAUGGGAUUGAAGGGGGUCCAGAAUCAUAG